CCGUGCUUGGAGCGACGGGCGCCAUUGUUGAGGAGUUUACUUGAGACGUGGUGAUGUAUUGAAUAAAGUUAGUUUAGCAAAGCACUUUUUAUUGUGUUAGAGAGCAGACUGCAUAAACCGAGACUUGGGUUAAUAGUUGUACAACAUCAUAGGAAUGGCCCAGCGUGUUUCUGUGACCGAUGGUGCUGCUGGAUCCAAACGGACCUCUCGGGUUCGUGUGGCGGUUCGUCUCAGACCCUACCUGGACCAGCAGGAUGAGAAGGGAGAGGGGCCCUGUGUCAGGGGUCUGGGGCCACAAAAGCUGGAGAUCAUCAACUGGAGGAACGCCACUGAGACCCUGCAAUACCAGUUCGAUGCGUUUCAUGGUGAACAGACCACGCAGCAGGAGGUGUUUCUGACCUCUGUCAAGCCCAUUCUCCCCCACAUCCUUAAUGGUCAGAACGCCAGUGUCUUUGCCUAUGGACCCACCGGAGCAGGAAAGACCCACACCAUGCUCGGCAGUCAAGAGCAGCCGGGCAUUAUUCCCAGAGCUGUCAAGGAGGUCUUCAAGCUGGUUGACGUUCAGGAAAAGGAGCAGGAUGGUUGGGAAUACUCAGUUGGGAUGUCUUACCUUGAGAUCUACAAUGAAAAGGUGCUGGACCUGUUGUCCCCAGGUUCCCAGGACCUGCCCAUCCGUGAAGACAAGGACAGAAACAUCCUCAUUCCCGGGCUAACACGCACACCGCUUUUAUCCUUUACCGAUUUCGACACUCAUUUUAUCCCCGCAAGUCUAAACCGCACCACGGCCUCUACUAAACUCAACCAGCGUUCCAGCCGCAGUCACGCUAUCCUCCUCAUAAAGGUAGUGAAGUCUCAGCGUGGGCCGCCACACAGACAACAAACAGGCAAGCUGUAUUUAGUUGACCUGGCAGGUUCAGAAGACAACCGGCGCACAGGAAACCAGGGCAUCCGUCUGAAAGAGAGCGGGGCCAUCAACCUGUCCCUCUUCACCCUCAGUAAAGUGGUGGAUGCUCUGAACGCAGGGGCCGGGGGCCGCGUGCCCUACAGAGACAGUAAACUGACCCGUCUGCUGCAGGACUCUCUGGGUGGUUCGGCCCAUUCCGUCAUGAUCACAAACAUAGCACCGGAGUACAGAUACUACUUUGACACCUUCUCGGCCCUUAAUUUCGCCGCCAAGUCUAAGCAGAUUGUCAAUCGGCCCUUUGUCAGGGAAACCGUUUUGGCUCCUACGAUUGCUCCUGUAAAGAGAGCCAGAGAGGAACGAGAGGCUGGAGGUUCUGGUGAGCUCCAGAACAAAAAGUCUAAAGAGGGGAAGAAAGCUGAACGGUCCUCGUCACCACCCGUACAUCCACACAGUUCACCAGAUUCAUCAGUUCUGGACAGACUUCUGGCCCUGGAGAAGAUGAUGAUGGGCUCGGCUGAAAGGGAGAGACUCAACUUGCUCAAAACUGUAGCACAGUCCCGUAAGGAAAUACAGAUGUUGAAGGAGAAACAGAAAGAGCUGGAGGACAAAGCAAGCAUGCUUAACAAGCAGAAUGAAACUGUUGAGAAAGAGUCCAAAGAUGCACUUCUCUUUAAAACAGAUCUGCCCCCACUGCACAGAAAACAGUCUACAGCCGCCAAACCACGCAAACAGCAGGCAGUUGUCACACCAUUACAGGGUAGGAUGUGGUUAAUGUCAUCCUUACAGUCCUCCUGGGACACUCUUUAUGCAUGAGAACCCAGUAUUGAU